AUGUUCCUUCUUUCACUAGCAUCCUCUCGUCGUUUGCAUCAAAUUCUCUCAAUGUACCUCUGUUUCACUGCCAUGCUUGUCAAUGUCAUGGUGUACGCUGCUCCCCUGCCCAAAGCGCCAAUGCCGCGAACAUACUUACCACUUUCCACUCUAGAAUUCAAAAUCUGCUUAGGUCGCCAACUAGACAACACCGGACCCUACCUCCCCAAUAUCGUAAACUUCGCUCCAAACCAAAAAAUCGUGCUCUUCAUAGGCACACAUGCAUUCCAAUACAAAAAUGGUCAAAUCUUCCAAGAGAUAGUCUUUUUCGACCGCUCUGAUAAAUACGUCGUUUCCGGUUCCUCCCCACACACUCGGGACUACUAUAAUUUCAUCAAACUCGGACCCAAUCGCGAACAAGACCUCUCCAUCGAAAUCGACGUACUGGGUACCAUGACGGUUACAGCCACAGUCAAUUCCAGGACAAGCACAGAUAUACACGGCGAAACAGGAUUUUGGCAACUCCUUCUAGAUAUCCCGGCGUUGGAGAAGAUCGGAAGUGCUAAGAUUACUUCGGAUUUGGAGUAUGCGGAGGCGGUGUUUGGGAUGUUGAUCAAGACCGUGAGGAGUGAUAGGAAGACAGAGCUUUUGAGAUUUGCAGAGCUGAAGGAGUGGGGUGUGAUUUCUAAUGUUCUUUCGAAUUUGAGGGAUGGGGUUGGGGUGCCGAAUUCAAUGCUCGGAGCUGGGAUUGGUGGAACUGGUGCCCUUGCUCCACCUCCGGUUCCACUGUUAUCUAGUUCAUUCAACAGCACGCACCGGGGGGAUGCAUAA